GGCUGUUUUGCGCUGCAGAUAAUUCUCAUAUACCCCUCUAUAGACCCAUACUUCAUCAUCCAUGAUCCAUACUUCUGUUCACCCACCCCGCACCUACUCAAUCUGUCCCUCCUACCUAUCGGUCAUAACUUUCUGCCCUUGUUUCUUUUGGGCUGUUAUUUCUGGCCCGUCCAUACUACCCUCUUCUGAAUCCUAUCUUUUACUUGCAUUUUUUAUACUCUUUACUAUACCCGAUUCUUCUUGUUCGCUUUUCGCCCGUAUCUAAUUCGGGUGCCUGCGCCUAAUUCGUCAAGGGCAUAAACCAACCAUGACCUGGCAACCUAAGCUUCGACCCAAGGGUUUCCCGCAUAGUCUCGAUGACUUUGCGGUGGCCUCACUGUCAGAGUUAGAGCAUCGAUCAAGGACGGGCGAUGAGAAACGUGAUCAGCGAGUUUUCCGGGUUAAGCGGAAGCAUGUUCUCAAGGCUUGUGAUCGUUGUCGUGUGAAGAAAACCAAGUGUGAUGGUAAGCAGCCUUGCAAUCGUUGCUCGGUACACAAUCACCCAUGUUUAUUCCGCGAGAGGAAAGCGACUCAAACGAAAGUGUACUCUCGAGGAUUCGUCGAGAUGCUCGAAUCACACCACUCACUAGUAGUCAAAGCCCUCCAAAAACUAUACAAAUUCUGCAUCAACAAAGAAGACUUCCCAGGCGAACCCCUCGCCAAAGCCCCAGACGGCCACCCACUCACCCACGCAAUCCUCGAUCGUCUAGGUCUCAUCAAACAAGCGGAAGAAAACGCAGAUGAGCCAGACGAGGACUCGGAAGAUCUUCGCUACCUCCGACUCCUCUCCACAUCGACAGAGUGCAGCGCCACGGCAGAACCUUCUCCAGAACCAACUACACCCCCGGAACCCUCGCCAACGACUCUCUCCUCUUCUCGACCCUCCAUCUGCAAUUCCCUCCUAACACCGAUGACAAGUCGAAGUAAUUCAAAUUGGCAGUGGGAUCUGCAGUCUGUCCAGCAAGCUAGCUAUAGCUAUCCCGAUAACGGGUAUCAUCAGGGAUUGCUGGCCGUGCAACAACGGCCGUCUAUUACAUCCGCGGAUCUAAACGCGGGCGAGAUCUCGCCUCAUGUGGAUAUACCGUCCGCAUCGGCGAUAGCUCAUAACCCACAGCCACACGAACAGCAGUCUUUUGCGUAUUUUCUUGAUGCGGGUUGCAAUGCAUCUUCGGCUGGGUCGUCGGUCGAGGCUAAGACUGCUGUUCGAUUGCAGACUGGGGUUAUGCAAGAUACACAUUCGGAUCAUCCGAUGAGUGAGUUAUCGAGUGACUUGCUAAGUGACUUUCAAUUCUCGACACAUGAGCCUUCGCUUUAUCCUGGCUUUACGCCGGGUUGGUCUUUUCCCUCUGUGUGA